AUGCUCCUAAAUCAGGUUAAAGUACUAACAUUCACAGCUGAAGGAGGAAUUGUCUAUGGCUAUUAUUGUGAAUUUUACAACCAUUCCUCACUCAGCUCCGGUUUAAUGUUUAAAUGCGGUUCAAGAAACGUAGUGUUCACUAUAGUCAGUCAACCGGAGCCCUACCAUGCGAGUGUGUCGAAACGGCUCAAAGAAGACAUUCAUAAGCAAGUACGGAAUUUAGAAAAUAGGGAUCCAAUAAUUCACAUAACCCAUGAAGAUUUCCCAACACCCGGUGACUGGACGAUACUACCUUUACUGUCUCCACUGGUGUCUAGAUAUAAAGGCAGCGACGUCAGAUGGGUGCUAUUCCUGGAGACACACACCGCUGUCAAGUGUGAUAUGCUGUUUGAGGCUUUAGCAGCUGCCGACAAGCAGAAUGACGUAAUGUGGAUAGGUUACCCUCUGAGCGACGAGGAACCCACGAUCAUUCACCACUUUAAAUUCUACGAGAACUUGGAGGACGAAGGAGGAUUCAUGUACCCCAACUUUGCCAGUGGGUUCGCCAUGAGAAUUGAGCUGAUGCACAAGCUCUUAAACCAAAUAGAAAGUGGUGAACGUAAGUUAGAAGCGGACUUCUCAAUCGAUCCAGCGUUUGAAUUGGCCCAGCUGGUGUAUGGCAGUGAGAAGGACUCCGGGCCGUUACUGACGCCCGACCUGAGCUUCUGUAUAGUGUCGGGCGACAAUUGCGCAACUUAUCCGCGACAGUUUGACCUAUGUGGCAGUGCCAUAUCCCAGGAGUCAAUAUUCUUCGCAGUUAAGACCUGGAGCGGCUACCAUCCCACCAGAGUCAAGGUUGUCAAGAAAACUUGGGGACGACAUGUCAAGAAUCUGCUGUUCUUUAGUGAUGCUGAUGAUCGCUCCAUACCAGCUGUAGACACGGGAGUGCCGAACAGCAAGACGGGCCACUGCACCAAAACUGUGACUAUAUUGAGGCAAGUGUUGAGGAUAGUGAUGAACAUGCCACAGGUCAAGUGGAUAUUCCUGGCUGAUGAUGAUACUAUUUUAGGGGUGCAAAGACUGUGCGAGGUGCUAAGUUGCUAUCGAGGAGGCGAUGACGUCACUGUACUCGGGGAGAGAUAUGGAUACGGUUAUGGGAAAAAAGAAACUGCUGCUAAGGGGUACGACUACAUAACGGGUGGUGGCGGGACAGUGCUGAGUAUCGGCGCCGCCAAGAAGCUGUCGACGUGCUCGUGCGCAGGCGCCAGCGCGCCCGACGACAUGACGCUCGGCGCCUGCGCACGGUUCAGGCUCAACCUCACGCUCACACACUCGCCUCUAUUCCAUCAAGCUCGUCCGCAAGACUACGCUCGUGAAGUACUAGCCCGCGAUAGGCCGAUAUCCUUCCACCGCCACUCAUCUCCAGAGCCCAGCAGAGUGUACGCCACGUGGUUCCAACACGACGAUCUCGCACUUCGCAGAGGCAGUUCCAAGAGGGAUGAAUUGUGA